AUGGGUUGUGGAGCAUCCUCGCCAAUGCCAGUAGAUAAUCUACCCAACGAACGUUCAUCAUUAUUACCAACAUCAUCUACUACAUUAAAUCAACAAUUAGAUUUAAAUCAAAAUCCAAAACGAGAUCGUCGUCGAAUCGUCGUACCUUUAAAUGAACUUGUUCAAAAUUUUCUUCUCGUAUGGUUGGAUGAAAAAAUCGAUGAAUCAGUAGACGAUUAUGGUUAUUCAAUCAAACAGCUACGACGCACCGUUAAUAAGAUUGAAACAUUCUGCGAAACUGAUGAAUGUAUCGAGUAUAUGCUACAAUUUCAAAACCAAAAAAUACUUCUUAUUAUUUCUGGUGCACUAUGUGAAACUGUUGUGCCACGCGUUCAUAAUAUGACACAACUCUAUUCAGUUUAUGUAUUCUGUCAAAAAAAAGAAAAAUAUGAAGAAUGGGCAAAACAGUGGUCCAAAGUAAAAGGUAUUUUCACUGAAAUUAUUCCAAUUUGUGAUGCAGUUCGACAAUCUGCUCGACAAUGUGACGAAGAUUCUGUCCCAAUCGGUUCUGAAAUCGAAUCCUCAUUCAUGUAUACACAACUUUUCAAAGAAAUUAUUCUCACAAUCGAUUUUGAUAAAAUGAAAGAAGUGAAAGAUUUAAUCGAAUAUGCUCGUAAACACCCGGACUAUGUUGAAAAUAAUGCACAGUUGAAACUUAUCAAUAAAUUCGGUGAAGAGUA